AUGGCAGAAUACGAAGCCUGCAUCUUGGGACUCAGGGUGGCUAUCGACAUAAACAUUCAGGAGUUGCUAGUAAUCGAAGAUUCUGAUCUAUUGGUGCACCAGGCUGUAACUAAGAUCGUAGCAGAUUUUGUUUGGGACCGCAUUGUUUGUCAAUUUGGAGUACCUGAGGCAAUCAUUACGAACAACGCCGCCAAUCUUAAUAGCGGCCUGAUGAAAGCUAUGUGUGAAACAUUCAAGAUUAAGCAUCAAAACUCUACAACAUACAGGCCGCAAAUGAAUAGAGCUGUAGAGGUAGCCAACAAGAACAUUAAGAAAAUAUUAAGGAAAAUGGUGGACAAAUACAAGCAAUGGUACGAAAAGAUUCCAUUUUCUUUGCUCGAGUAUCGCACCACUGUUCGCACGUCCACGGGGCAACCCCCUACCUACUCUGGUCUAUGGUACCGAGGCCGUUAUCCCUAUCGAAGUGGAAAUUCCUUCAUUAAGGAUAAUACAAUAGGCCAGGCUCAGCGACGCGGAAUGGGUACGGAACCAGGAUAA